GUUCUCAGCGGUGACCAGGUUCUCGGGUCUGUGGUUCUUCAACACCUCUUCCCAACCAUGUCUGGACGAGUUCUGGUUGGUGUCAAGCGUGUCAUUGACUAUGCAGUGAAGAUUCGUGUGAAACCUGACAACAGUGGUGUGGUAACUGAUGGCGUCAAACACUCUAUGAACCCCUUCUGUGAAAUUGCUGUGGAAGAAGCAGUGAAACUGAAGGAGAAGAAGCUCAUCAAAGAGGUGGUGGCCGUCAGCUGUGGGCCACAGCAAGCACAGGAGACCAUCCGGACCGCGCUUGCCAUGGGAGCAGACCGUGGCAUCCAUGUGGAGGUCUCGGGGAAAGACUACGACACUCUGGGACCACUGCAGGUCUCAAAGAUUAUGGCAGCCUUGGCCAAGAAGGAAGAUGCACAGCUUGUCAUCCUUGGCAAACAGGCCAUUGAUGAUGACUGCAACCAGACUGGACAGAUGACAGCAGCCUUACUGGACUGGCCUCAGGGCACCUUUGCCUCAGAGCUGUCUCUGGAGAACGAAAAGCUUAAAGUGGUAAGGGAAAUAGAUGGUGGCCUGGAGACCAUUAAGAUCAAGACGCCGGCGGUGGUGACUGCAGACCUUCGACUAAACACACCCAGAUAUGCAACGCUUCCCAACAUCAUGAAAGCAAAGAAGAAGAAAAUCGCCAACGUCAAACCUGCCGAUCUGGGCGUGGAUCUGACAUCACGGUUGGAGAUCUUGCGAGUGGAUGACCCACCACAGCGGGAGGCAGGUGUCAAGGUGGAAACUGUGGAGGAUCUGGUUGGAAAACUGAAAGAUGCUGGGAGACUGUAAGGGGCAUUCACCUGGAUAAGGGAGCAAAGACUAUAAAAAUCCACACUUGUACAGCAAGACGAGAGCUCAGACGCUGCACCAGCUUCUACCAACUCAAAGAGGAUCGUCCAGAUGAUGAGCCAUAUUAAUCAGCUCUCAGUCCACAACAUGGAACUGAAGUCUUUUUAAUUCUGUUCCGUUUAUGUCCAACUAACUUAUCUAAUUAUUCACACAUAUAAUAACAGGUCAGAGUUGUGCUGCUGAGUGUAAAUAUUGCUGGUUGAGAUCACUUAAGCCAGCGGUUGACCUGUAGAUGGUGCUCCUCUCAGAUGGUUUUACCACAAGCGCCUCAUUUCUCGGAAUGUACAGUGACUCUGACAAUAAAACUGAUGUUUUUCCCA